AUGAAGUUACUUGAGUGUGUUUUUGUUGUUCUAUUGUGGCAAACGAAGCAAGUUUUUGCACAGUUGAAAAACGAGCAGCCGGUAGCAGUCCUGAAAGCCAGUGCAGAUGAUCCAAGAACUCCACUGAUUUUGCUUUCAAAUUCCGUAGUUAAGACAACACUUGGCGCGUCAAUUAAACCAGAACAGGAUAUUGAAACCACAUUAACACCAGAUGCGGCAACAACUACUCCGCCAGUAACGGAUGAAUCAGCUUCCAUAGUAAAACCAAAUAAGAAGACACGACCUCCUCAGAAACAAAAACCAGCUUUUGGUAAUGGAAUAAAACCUAAGCUUCCAUAUCAGAGCUUAUUGCUGAUGCCAGGACUGGGGGAUAGUUUCCCUAAGUUUCCAAGUUUUCCAAGUACAACUGUGGACGCAUUUUCAGUUCAACCUGUGUUCUAUCCCAUGCCAGUCUAUAUUCCGUAUCCCAUUCCUUUUAUGCUAAAUCAACAAAUGCAUCUAAUGAGCAGACCUUCCAAGGACAAGGUGGAGGAUCAAAUUGCAAUGAGCUUUAAUGAAAUGAUGUCUGAGAAACUGCUUAGAAGCUCUUUCCAGCUGGACAACGGAUCUGAAUGGCAGGAAACAACCAAGAAUCGCAUAAAGCCGGCCAACCAAAAUGGUAUAAAAAAGUGGAGGGGCAAGUGGCGUAUGACAACGACAAGUACAACUACCACAACAACUGAAGCUCCUGUUCCAAGUCCAACUGAGCCAACAAGAUUACUAAUGAAUAGCAGUAACCAGAGUGACAGUGAGGUAAAAUCCCCCGAAACCAGUCCCAACAAUGAGACAACUCAAGCAGCCAGAUAA